CUACCCAUUCUACGCACCACACGGCUUCCUGGAACAAUGCCCUGGCCCUGCAAUAGAUUUCCUGCCCUUGGACAGCAGGAGGCUGCCCUGGGACGUAACAAGUGAUAGCAGCCUCUCUUCAGUCAGUUAUUUCUUGAAACAGUGACACUUUCCACAGAACCAAAAAAAAAAAAAAAAUGCUUCCAGGCUCAGCAUGUGUAUUUGACCAAUAUUUAUUUUUUCAAAGAAACAUGACACGAAUAUGUCAGUGACAGCGCAUGUUUGCUGGCAUGUCCCAUCUGGGACUUGGUGGCAAUCUUCUAUGGGAGAAGACAGCGCUGGUUUUUGUGCUAAUUACACACACAUGCUCAUAAUGAUGGCUAUUCAUUGGGCUGAUAUAAUUUAAUAUCAUUGUUAGCACUUGAAAAGUGUUUCUGCUACAUCUGCUGCUGAAGCCUGCAAGCCAACAUGUUGGAGCUCAGAUGCCCGUGGCAGCAGUAAGCCAGCAGAGCUUGAGGGGGCUAAUUUCCACAGAUGUGGAAAGGGACAAUUUCUGACAGCAGCAUGAGGGAAUGCACUUGAAACCUUUGGAAAGGAGCCCCUCUAGAAGUGCAUAAAUGUAGAAACAGAGGCCCAGAUCCUCCAAGUCAUGCAGGAGCCAGUCUAUGACUGGGCCACCUGCCUUCUCUCCAGAACCACUAAAGCACAGGGGAUGUACGUACAGCCCUAUGGAUGCCUGCCUGACGUGCCCUCCUUUAGACAUCUGCAUUUGAAAUUUAACACUGACACGCCCAGGAUUUAGGUACAAGUUUAUGAUCUUCUAGGUGAAGCACCAAACACUUUCCUUAAUACACUCAGAAUCAGUUCCUCAUUACAUAGGAAGAGCGACGUUUCAUGGCAAAUGUGUUGACCUACGCAAAACGUAUCCCAACUUGUUUUAACAUUCCUUGCAGUACUGCCGUAAAGUUUAUUUGCUGCAUACCGGCUGCACAGAGCAGACUUUAUUAUUAGCCAUUUAUUGCAGAAGAUUCUCCAAACCGGUAAAAGGACAAAAUGUUCCUAUCUGGGUAGAGACUUAAGUAACAGCUAAAUUAAAUCUUUGCAUUCAUAGUAUUCAUACAAAGGCAGAUGGGAGCAGAAAAUGUUGCGAUGAAGAAUAUGGAAUGAGAUGAGAUCACAGCAUCAGUCUGUCCUUUGUAGAUCUGGACAAUGAUCACAGAGCCAGAUUGGAUUAGUGAAACCUAUUUACCAGAAGUUCAGAGCAGUUGCGUGAAGCUGAAAGGCAGUCAGGAGAGAGAGGUGGAAAAUGCACCAGAUUUACAGCUGCAGCGAUGAAAAUUUAGAAGUUUUCACCACCGUGAUUUCAUCCAAAUCAUGUAGUCCUGCCCGAAGGAGAGCCAAAAGUGCACAUCACAUCCUGACAAAGAGUGUGGUAGCAGUGUCUGACAGUCAGCCCCAUCGGCCAGACAAGCUGCAGCCCCACCACGGCGACCUCUUCCAGGUGCUCUACAGAGAAGAAGAGGUGCGGAGCUUGGGCCACCUGCGGGGCAGACAGCAGGGACCCUGCAGCCCCAAGCAUGUGGGAAUAACUGAACGAGAGACAUCCAAACCCUGUAAUCACCAGUCAAAUGGGAAACCUUUGCCUCCGUCAUCGCUAGCCCUCCCCAUCACAGCGAAGCCAGCUUUCACGGGCUCAACCAUGGAUGACCACCCGCUCGCAGAAGACCGUAGACAGCGCUUGAGGAAGAUGGCAGAGUAUGACCUGACCCUGACACCAGGAGCAGAAGCUUCUCUGCCACUGACGGGAGGCAGCCUGUACGGGACACCCAGCUUGCUGAGGAAGAUGUGGAUGAAGCACAAGAAGAAGUCAGAGUAUCUGGGGGCAACAAACAGUGCCUUUGAGGCAGACUGACAAGUCUCAAAAUCACUCAGAAAGACAGAAGUUCCUUUAGCCAGGACAAGGUGCUCUAGGAUUGAUGAAGGAACAGACACAGCACAGCUCCCCCAGGAAAAAGAUAUCCUUUUCAUUACUUGAUGCCAUUGCCUCAGAAUGGUAGGAGAAAGGCUAAUUAAGGUAAAAAUGGUGGGUAUGAUGCAACGUAUUAGCCCUUCUUUGUUGCGAUACGCUAGAAUCCCAAAUAUUCCACUAGAAUCACAUCUUGACUCAGCAGUGCUGAAACUAUUGCUGACCUACUGUAUGCGUCCUGUCUGAAUCAGCUCAGACACACAAGAGAAGCCAACCAAGAUGUUUGUGUGCGUCUGCAAGGUUCCCGUUCUCUUUUUGUUAUUGAGUGCCAUGAAGUGCCAGGGCUUUGCUCAUUGUGUACCACUUUUGUCCUCCUUCCCCCUCUUAUAUCCUCUUUUCAGAGAUAUGAUAAAAACACAUCUUAUGAUAUCCUUGUUUCAGUGACAUAUGCUAAACAUCUUUCUCCAUCAGUUUUGAUGUUUCAAGACAGGAGUAAAAGAUGGAAAAAAUAUGAAAGAAUGGAUGAGUCAGAACUGAGUAAGUUUGCAAAUACACAUUUACCAAAAUUA